AUGCAAGGCCUACUGCAGGCCGCGCUGCCCCACCCCGCCCUAGCCCCGCUCUCGUCAACCAACCUCGCCUCGCACACUCGCUCAAACCCACCCGCGCCACGCCGCACAGUAACGCACUACGUCCUCCAACAAGCUCCCUACGUCUCUCGCACGGCGCAUGAGGGUUACGAGGUCGGACCACCGCCGAGCGACGAGUUUGAGGGCGUGAAGACUCCGCCUCGAGCGAAGGAUGCGGGACGGAAACGCGCGCUUGAGGAGAUCGAGGGAGACGAGACGGGACCGCGAAAGAGGAAGGACGAGGCGCUCGUGUUGCAUGCGGACGACGGGCACUUUGCGCGACCGCGAGCAAGCGAGUCGGCGGAAGUCAAGCGCAAGAAGCCUCUGUUGGCGAUGCAGCUCAAGGGACGGUCGUCGUCGGCUUCUGCGACGCCCGUAGCGGGCCCGUCGCGUCCGCCGGGAGAGGACGCCGAGCCGAGCCCGUCGAGCAGUUUCUUGAUCCCGCGCGCUGGGGCGCUCGAGGUGCUUGAUGCGGCGCCUGUCAAGCCGCGCAGGAGGAGCAAGGGGAAAGGCAAGGAGAACGACGCGGAGUCGGCGAAGAAGGCGAGUCCGAAGAAACGCAAGGGCAGGUUGCGCGCCGAGGCGGAAGAGGCGGACGAGCUGGACGAGGUCGAGGAGCGCUUACGAGCUCGUCGCGAACGCCGACGCGAACGCGCCUUAAUCCGCAAAGACCGCACGGUCACCUCCGCUGCCGUCGGAGCCGCCGCCGCCUCGAGAGUCAAGGCCGCGCAGAAAAAGAAGCGCGGAGAUGACGCAAGCAGCGAUGACGAGGAGGAGGGUGCGAGGCGCAAGUCGAAGCGGAAGAGGGGGUCGAAGGAGGAGGUUACGAGGCGCAAGGUGCAGGAGAUGGACAAGCCGAGCGGCGUCAAGGCUGGCAGAUUGACGCUCAAGCCAGCGCCUCAGCUUGGCAUAUUCAACAAGGGCAAGGCGUCUGUCCGCACGAAAGUCGGCAGGACGAUUGGCGACCUUGCCUUCUCCGAGCUCGCCUUCCUCGACGCUCCACGCCGCGAGCCGUCCUCACCCUCCUCCGCAUCCUCCUCCCGCUCGUCAUCCUCUCGCUCAAACGCCGAGAAUGUCCGCCCGACCCUUGCAGCCGCACGACCCACCGGCCCACGUACGUACGGUUCCGGCCGCCGAGGAAGCGCGCGGACGAGCAAGCACUUCGCUGCUCUCAUCGACGACUUUCAGCCCGCCUCUCCCGCCGUCGCAGCACCGACCAAGACCCCUCGAACUCGCUCGCCCCAGCCAAACUUCUGGAUCGAGAUCCACUCCCGACCCGCUUCUUCCCUCUCCCGCCAGCGCCCGCACCUCCAGCCUGCGGCAUCGGUCGUCACCGACGAGGCCUCGACGCACCCGAGCGUGUUAUCGGCUGCUUCGCUCGCGCGGCGGAGGAGGGCGAAGAAGGAUUGGGGGCCUGCGGCUGGGCGGGUCGACCAGCUGAGGGAGGAGGAGGAAGAGUUUCCGCGUCCGACGCUGUACGCUCCUCUUGGUGCCCAAGCGGACGUCACGGCGCAUGCUGGACACGGAGACCUUGGUGGGAUGGAUUGGGCAGAUCACGAUCGCGGAAAUUUCCCUGGAGCCGACGAACUCAGGGAGGCGAGCGAGACUGAAAUCGGGACUGCGUCGCUCGCGAGGAUGCUGGAUGAGGUGGGGAAAGGGAGCGAAGUGCGGGACAUGGGUGCUACGAUGGAUACGGUGGAGGAGUUUGAGCAGGUCGAGGAACCGACUCUCUCCCGCUCGCUCAUUGACGAGGUCGGACAUGGCGACUGUCUCGAAGCGGGUGCUUUGGGCGACUCGGUGUUCGCCGUCCAGCCUGUCGACUCGCUCGACCUCUCCGCCUCGUUCGUCGACUUGCCAGCCGGCGACCCCGCUCUCGCAUCAGACGACGGCCUCGACUCGCCUUACCGCGUCUACGAGGUAGCGGCUACUCGUCAGACCGGCUUCACCAACCCCGGACACACCGACUCCGCCCUGCCUCCCCUCUCUUCCGCCGAUUCCUCUUUCGCCGAGACCGCCUUCCACGACGUCGCCAAGCACGGUCACUUGACGACACUCGCUCAGUCUGGAGGGACGUGUCAAGGAGGGAUGUAUGCGGACGACGUCGAGUUCAGGGAGGCCAUGAGGCGGAAGUGGCCGAAGGCGAGGUGCUGA